AUGGGAACACUCUGUGUGUGUUCAAAGACGUCGCUCAGCCUGUGGGGGAAGGUGGCUGACCUGACUGGAUCGAACCACUGGAUCCUAAAGCCUCAGGUGUUCAUCCCCGCCCUGCAGGAACUGACCGUCUGCCUUAACAUGAAGCUGAAGAAGGGUUCCUCAUUUUGGACAAUCUUCAUGUAUCGUCAUCCUGAGGUUCAGUAUGCAGAGCUGGGGCUGGGGGGGAAGGACAGGCGCUUGGUGGUUUGGCUGUUUGGACAGGAAUGGACCAGUCAGGACAUCAACCUCCAGCUGUCGCAGUGGUACACCCUGUGCCUCACCUGGUCCCAUACGAAGGACAGGCCUGCCCUCUACGUUAACGGGAGCCUAAUUAACAUGACAGCAGCUCACACAAACAUCCCUCCAUCGCUGUGCUGCCAGCUGGCCCCAAAUGGAUCUCUCACACUCGGGGUCGGACACACCAUCAACAAUGGGAAUGUCGAGAUCAUUCGGUACAGCGGCAUGUUGGGGAAAAUUUCCCUGUUUCGAAUAUGGGGGAAAGAACGAAGCAAAGAGGAAGUGACAUUACUGAGAUGCACAGAGGGGGAUCUGGUGAAGUGGAUGAGGGACAACUGGGACACGGUGAACUGUGACCCGAUCUGUGACACCAGCCUGCAAUGUGAAUGGUCCUUUUAUGAGGUGAAUCUCCAGUUUGUGAUCAUGAGCAAAGACAAAAACACGACUGAGCAUUACACAGCCAGAGACAUCGCACAUCGCUGGCUCAGACACGUUUUACCGACUGGAAUCUAUUUAUACAGAGUGUCUGUGUUUGAAGUAAUCAGAUCUGACACAGAGGAACACAUAAAAACGCCUUAUGAAGACGGGCUGAUGCCAUGGGCUCCUGAAAAUAUUUCCAGGUUCCGCUGCCUUGUUUACAUCAGCGUCAUCCCGAAGUGGGAUGUUGCGGCUGUUCAAAAAGAAAUGUGCACUGACCUUUCAAACACCUACACUGACCCCAGCAGUCUGCUGUGUCUCCUAGCUGACGCCAGCUCCAUCUACACCACCCCUGUUGAACGCUUUUCCAUGACGACAAUCAGCCCUCAGGUUGUCAUGACAACGUCCUCUCUUGUCACAACCUCCACCUUUAAAACCACCAUGACGUCCUCUGCUUUCACCCAAUUAACAACUCUGGAAGCAUCGACCAUCAGCACAACUUCUGAUACCAAAGAAACCACAACCAACACCGUCACCAGAACCCCUGGAAACAUCUCUGAACUUUACUUUGAAGUCCAAGUGAACAUCUCCAUAACGGGAAACUGUGACCCACAGCAGAUCCUUCCCUACUGGCUUAACAUGAGUCUGCCUGAUGACUUAAUGAUGGUGCUGGAUCUGCAGCUGCUCCCCAAAUCAGAAAGACGUCAUCCUGAAAGGAAACAUGACUCAAAUCAAGUGUUGACAGAUGUCUCGAGAGAGAGCUUCGUUUUCCAGGUCCAAGUGUUGACGCACUUAGUCCAACAGGAAAUUGAAAACCAAAUACGGGACUGUCUCCAGAAUCCCUAUGACAAUGGGUUGUUCUCCAUAACAGUACACCACAUAAAGAUAUGUCUCAUAUCGGUUAUUCAGUGUGCAGCUGAAGCCCAGCAGACCCUAAAAGGCCUGUUCAUGUGGCCUGACACUGCAGGAGGACAAAAUGCUACAUAUCCAUGCCCCAAAGACCCUCAGUACUCUGCAACCCGACUUUGUAAACUGUCCCAGUGGACUCACUGGAUGGAGCCAAACCUUGAAAACUGCCCUCCAGUGGUGGAAACUAUCCCUGAUCUGGAUCAUGUUGAAGUCACUCCUGAAAAUGCAUUUGACGUGUUGAAGAUGAUUAUGGACUUAAUGAGAAACCAGUCCAGUCUCAUCUACAAAGAGCUGGUCACAGUCCUCAACAAGCUGAAGGACAUCAUCAGGGUCAGCGUUGUCACACCAGAGCUUGGCCAAGCUCUGAUCAACGCCAUUUCCAACAUACUGGAAUCAGGCAGCAACCUGGGGGCGUUUACUAACACGUAUGGACCAUUCUGA